GGACGAUUUAUCGUUUACCGCCGUUUUACGCCGGGUUCAUAGCAGUUAUUUUUUUUGGUAAGUAGUGAGUAUAACGAUAAAAAAAAUUUAUUAAACCCGACUAGAUCAAAUACUAUACAGUACUCACAGUAGUUGACUAGAUCCUGUUCUUCAACCGUUAUCGUUUUUUAGUGCUACCUAAUUCUUAUUGAUUUUAAUAUCUUUUACCUGUUUAUAAUGGCGACAGAAGUGGCGGAAAACGGUGGAGAUGUCCAGCUGACAGCCGAUGAACGUAAAGUGUACGAUAGACAAAUUCGUCUGUGGGGUUAUGACGCUCAAAAAAAACUGAGAACGUCAAAAGUGUUGCUGAUUGGAUUGCAAGGAUUGGGUGCCGAAAUUGCCAAGAAUCUAAUAUUGAGCGGCAUUCACUCUAUUACAUUGAAAGACCACACAGACGUUUCGAUUUUGGAUACGUGCUCGCAAUUUCUCAUUGGCCACGAUAGCCAAGAACGAAACCGUGCCAAAGCUAGUGUCGUCGCGGCUCAAAAGUUGAAUCCCAACGUGGUUGUUACCGCUGACACCACACCUAUUGAUGAAAACGAUGAAAACUUUGUCAAAUCCUUCGAUGUUGUCAUUGCUACAGAAUGUUCUCCUACCAUUUAUGAAAAACUCAAUAAGCAUUGCAAGCAAGCUAAUGUUAAACUGUUUAUAGCUGACGUAUAUGGAUUGUUUGGUUAUAUGUUCCAAGACAUUGGUUUUAAUCUUUCUACGUACGAUACUGUGUUUCCAAAUUAUAGAACGUCUUCUUCUGAAAUUGAAUGCAAAAGAGAAAUCGCAUACUACCUGACAUCGUCUUUAUUGAUGUUCUAUUGUUUCUUCAAACGUAAGCCAAACCCAGAGACGUGCGAAGAAGACAUUGACGAGUUAAAAUCGAUCAUUUCUUCCUUGGAAGGUGCUUCAGAAAUACCAGACGAAUAUUACAGUGAACUGUUUUGUCAGUUGAGUCCAGCUACAUCUAUUGUUGGAGCUAUGGUUGCACAGACGGCCACAAACGCAAUUAUGGGGAAAUCAUUGAAAAACUACAAUUUAUAUUUCUACGAUCACAUAAAUCAUCAAGGAAAAUUCGAAAAAUACUGAUUUGUCAAUUAAGUUACUAUUAAAAAUCCAUAAUUAUGUAAGACAAUAGUGUUUAAGACGGAGUAAAUUGUCCUUAUCAAAUUGCCAAAUAUAAACUUAAUUAUUUGGUUCUUUCUUGUGUUUUUAUACAAUAUUUUUCAUUAAUAAAAUGUAUAGUUGAUAUUACAA